CAUUUAUACACAGACUGGCUAAACUUCAGCUUGCAAACUCUUUUCGUACAAUCUAAAAACCGACUAAUAUUGUAAUAACAAACAGUGAAUCUCUCCAACGCUGGAUUGCACUUCAAAGUGUAGACAAAUACGGUAAAAGAUUUAGAUCGCACUCAUUUUCUAAAUCAUAGACUUGUGAGUUGCGGAUGAAUACUGUGUUCUGCGGCCUUGAGGGAGUUCACCGUGUAAGACAUCGGCACGCUACUAGAGGUUGCUGGCCUGGACCAGAAAGACCAGAUCGUCUUAGUCAUUUCUAUGGCAUUUCACCAAAGAAACGAUGGCCGCUCAACCCUUUAAGGAGGCGGAAGCAGGCAAGACAGUGGUUCAAGAUGCUAUAGCCCUUCUGCACGAAAAACAGCCUAAGCCGAGCAGCGCGCCCAGCCACACGAAGAAUCGUGCACAGGCGACGAACGCCACCAAGACCCAGAACCCCCCGGCAGCAAAGACGGAAUUUGAGGUUGGAGUCCAAAAUGGGCCGCACUCUUCCGAUGGUAUACGUAUUUCCGGUGGUCAUCUGAACGUACCCAAAACAUCGCCAGACAUGUACGAGGAUGGAGCAGAGCAUGGAUCACACGGCAAGCAGAACCAUCGGCACCCAAACUACUUUCCCGUCGCCAUAGUUGGGAUAGGCUGCAGGAUGCCCGGUGGAACUACUAGUCCGGAGAAGUUCUGGGACGUCAUCAGCGAAGGGAGAAACGUCAUCACCGAAGUCCCACCGGAGAGAUGGUCGCUGGAUGUCUACCACAGCACCGACCCGCACCAGUCAGGCACACACGUCACACGCAAGGCUGGGUUUGUGGACGGCAUCGACAUGUUCGACCACACUUUCUUCAAGGUACAGUCCUCUAGUACAGUCUCCUAUUCAUUGGUUAAUAAAUUUAUUCUCAUCAGGAUGGUUCGUCACUGAAUAAAGAGACUCUUUGCACAACCAUUGCUUUAUUCUCACCGACAUUUCGGUGACCGUCUGACACCUUCUUCAGGGCAGAUCUGGUUAGUUUAUAUUGUAUUGCAGGGCAGGUGUCUUACUUUACUAAGGUAUAGUAAUACAUGUUGUGACCGAAGCUGAACUGUAAGCAGCGACACCUGUCCUGCAGUACAUUGUAAACCAGUCAGA